AUGGAGAACAAGACCGUGUGGGUGAGUGAGCGUUUUGGAAAGCAGGGGCUGCACUACAGCAGAGACGUCCGGAAACUACACUUGAGCAUCAACGUGACCAACACCCCGAGCAGGGAGCGGGCUGGGGAAGAUGCCCACGAGGCGCUACUCACCCUGGAGGUGCCUCCCGCUCUGCUGCUGUCUUCAGUGCGCCCCGCUGGGACGUGCCAGGCCAAUGAGACCAUCGUCUGUGAGCUGGGGAACCCCUUCAAACGGAACCAGAGGAUGGAGCUGCUCAUCACGUUCGAGGUCAUCGGAGUGACUCUGCACACGAGGGAACUCCAGGCACAGCUACAGCUCUCCACGUCAAGUCACCAGGACAACCUGUGGCCCAUGACCCUGACCCUGCUGGUGGACUACACGCUCCAGGCCUCACUCAGCAUGUGGGUGUCUGAGGGCUCCCGUCCCUUCCGCAUCUACCUGUGUCCACCACACGUAUUAACCUCAGCAGGGCAGUGGCUACUCUCCAGCAGCAGACCCAUGGAGCAGGGGACAGGAAACAGCUACAUGAUUCAGCGGAAGGACUGGGAUUUAUCUGAAUAUAGUUACAAGGAGCCAGAGGACCAAGGAAACCUCUAUAUUGGGUACACAGUACAGGUGGGCAGUGCCAUCCUGCACCCCACGGACAUCACGAUUGUGACGGGUGCCCCACGGCACCGACAUAUGGGCGCUGUCUUCUUGCUGAGCCAGGAGGCAGGCGGAGACCUACGGCGGAGGCAGGUGCUGGAGGGCACGCAGGUGGGCGCCUAUUUUGGGAGCGCCAUUGCCCUGGCAGACCUGAACAAUGAUGGGUGGCAGGACCUCCUGGUGGGCGCCCCAUACUACUUUGAGCGGAAAGAAGAGGUGGGGGGUGCCGUCUAUGUCUUCAUGAACCAGGCAGGCACCUCCUUCCCUGCCCACCCCUCCCUCCUUCUUCACGGCCCCAGUCGCUCUGCCUUUGGCUUCUCUGUGGCCAGCAUUGGUGACAUCAACCAGGACGGAUUCCAGGACGUUGCUGUGGGAGCCCCAUUCGAGGGCUUGGGCAAAGUGUACAUCUAUCACAGCAGCUCCAGGGGGCUCCUCAGAGAGCCGCAGCAGGUGAUCCCUGGGGAGGAGCUGGGACUGCCUGGCUUGGCCACCUUUGGCUACUCACUGAGUGGACGGAUGGACGUGGAUGAGAACUUCUACCCGGACCUCCUAGUGGGGAGCCUGUCAGACCACGUUGUACUGCUGCGGGCGCGACCGGUCAUCAACAUCCUCCACAAGACCUUGGUAGCCAGGCCAUCCGUGCUGGACCCUGCGCUCUGCACAGCUACCUCCUGCGUGCAGGUGGAGCUGUGCUUUGCUUACAACCAGAGUGCCGGGAACCCCAACUACAGGAGAAACAUCACCCUGGCCUACACCCUGGAGGCCGACCGGGACCGCCGGCCGCCUAGGCUUCGCUUUGCACGCAGCCAGUCAGCGGUCUUCCAUGGCUUCUUCUCCAUGCCAGACAUGCGUUGCCAGAAGCUGGAACUGCUCCUGAUGGUGAGGGAGGGGCGAGGGGUGGGACACCGAUCCAGGAUCUCUGCAGGAGGUGGCUAG